CGCUGCACUUAGUUGUGUUUUGCUCGAUCGGAGUAGCAAUGUGUGAGUCGCACGCUUCAAACUAACGGGGUUGAGCAGAAGCAGGAACAGAGAGCAGCAGAUAGAGAGACUCGCUGUUUGGAUACCCAGUUCAGGAUGUCCAUCCUGGAGCGACUGGAGCAGAUGGAACAGAGGAUGGCUGAGAUAUCCAAUCAGAAUCCCAACUCAGAAACCAUGGCAACCAAGGGCGGAGGAGUGGGGGGAGGAGGGGCCACCGAUCAGCAGUCUCAAAUUUCUACCGAUCAAGGUUCAUUCGAGGGUCGUGUUGUGGUGGUUUGUGAGAAAAUGAUGUCCCAGCCGUGCUGGGCUUCAUCCAAUCAGCUCGUCCACAGCAAGAACUCCAGAGGAAUGACCUUACUGCAUUUGGCUGCAGCUCAGGGCUACGCAGGGCUCAUUCAGACUCUCAUUCGCUGGCGCACAAAGCAUGCUGACAGUAUUGACCUCGAGCUCGAGGUGGAUCCUCUCAACGUAGACCACUUCUCCUGCACUCCACUGAUGUGGGCAUGUGCUCUUGGUCACACCGAGGCAGCCUUGGUGCUUUACCAAUGGGACCCACGAGCUCUGGCUAUUCCUGAUUCGCUGGGACGCCUGCCGCUCAACAUCGCCCGAUCGCGGGGCCACACUCGAUUGGCUGAGCUCUUAGAGCAGCUGCAACUAACUCCUCAAGCUCAGGGCCAGCCGGCUGACACCUGGAUGGACAGGUGGAGAGGAGAGUCACAGAGCAGUGGCAUAAGCAACAGCCCUACCCCAAACCCUAACUCAGAGCUGAGGAGACCCAGGACCGAUAGCCAGCCAGACAACCAGAACCAGAGCUGGGGCCAAACAGGACACAGAGCCCAAAAGGGAGAACAGGGAGGCCCACCUCCAGCCAAGAGACUCAAACCCAGCCCCGACACCCAGCAACAGCUCGCUAACUCACCCCAGGGCAACACCACCCUCACCUCCCUCCUCAACUCGUCCCCUAGUCCUAACACUCAACGCUCUCUCCUCCCAAACACCCCACAAACUCCCCUCCCACAACCCUCGAACCUCAGCUGUCAGAACGCGCCUCCUGCCGGCUCCAGCCCCGACCGGCCUCAGCUCCACAGCGCUCCACUCCCCCACCUGCAGGCCAGGAUAGGGGGGUCUGGAGGGGGCACCAGGUGGAGUCUGAGACAGUCUCUGGGGCAGCGUAGCCUUGCCAGGAGGAUCCUGGGAAAAGAGCGGCUGGCCAUUCACCUGCGCCAAAGAGUGCUGUCCGACAGGGGGGAGGAGACAGAGCUGCUGACCUAUCAGGAUCACACAGAGGACUUGCAGAUGGACAUUACGAUGCUAGCCGAUCACAUCAUGGAGGCUUCAGCUGGAAGGCUUAAGCAGGAGGCGAUGGAGACAGAAACAGACUCCGGGAAGGGGGGGAUCAGCAGUGAUGUCCGGUUACUGUCUGGUUACCUCAGUGAGGUGGAGAGGUUUCUGAACUCCAAGUCCCAGACUCCGAGCCCCAAACCAAACCCUCUCUCAGGGCCAGAGGAUCCUCAGGCUAGGCUAGCCCUGUCCUCUUCCUUUGACUGGACCUCCUUCCUCUGUGCAGCUAUGAAAGAAGAGAGGUUAAAAACUGGCUCCUGUCUAGCCAUGACCGAGGCAGAGCAGGGGGAGCUGUACGAGACCAUCAGGCAUGCUCUGCACUCCCUCAGAAAACACAAGGGUCCCAUUCAGGAACAACGCAAAGAGAUUGCAGCAGUGAUUCAGCGCUGCUAUAAGAGAUACAAGCAGUAUGCACUUUAUAAGAGGAUGACCCUGGCAGCCAUCCUGAUCCAGAGUCGUUUCCGGAGUUUCCAUGAGCAGAGGAAGUUCCAACAGAGUCGUAGAGCAGCGGUCCUCAUCCAGCAAUACUACCGCUCCUAUAGACACUCCCUUGGCAGCCUCCUCACGAAAAAACAGAACCAAGCUGCUCGCAAGAUCCUGAGAUUCCUGCUCCGAUGCCGCCACAGCCCCUUGAUGGACGAUAGGCCUCUGAAGCGGAGCCAGAGAGCAGAGAAAGGCCAGGGGUCCUGAGAGCCCACCGUCAGUCCCCCCACACACCCCCCCCUCAGCCUGUGAGCAAUCUAUAAACCCUCCCCUCCAUUUCCCCCCCUUUUUCCUUUCUUCUGUCCUCCCCAACUCCCCCUCCGUCCCCUUUCCAUUCUUCUCCUCCCUUGUCCUCUCUCACUCUCUCUCCCUCUUCUCUAAAGAGGGGAAAGACUCUUCCCAGACAGACUGAGGACAGGAUAGGUGUCCAUCAUGGCAGCUCGGACAGACAGACUGCUGGGUGGAGCCCAGGGACCUGGCUCCGCCCACAGCACUGAUCCUCCUCCACAGUUUCACUGGGAGGCCAUCACAUUAACCUCAUGGCAUUCUUUGCACUCUUCAUGAGUAUGUUUCUUUGCAAGAGCAAGUCGACGAGUCAGACGAGAGAACGCGGAGAGGAAGCGUCUGGCGAAGACAUCCCUGCGCUCACGGCGGCGUCUGGAACGUGCUCCGGCGACGGAGAAUGGCUGGCUCAAGAUAAAGGCUACUUUAACAUGCUGAAAAUAUACGAAACCUUUUGCGUUUUGUACCCAAACAGAAAUCCAUGAAAGAAUAAGAAAAACAUAAACCAAAAAACUCACUUCUAUGUUGCAUUUGCAUGCAAGAUUUUUCCGCUUAUUCCUCCUCUCCAUCAUCGUGAAGAACUAUAGAGGCGAAUCAUUCUGCGGAUUCAGUAUCUCACAAAUAUCACCAACCAUUCUGACUCACAGGCUUACAAACCUAUUAAUCAGUCACCCGAUCAAAAGGGGAGGAACUGCACUUGAAUGUAAGAGGGGCAUUGUUAGAUAAGGGUCGGGGUCUGAAUAACGAUGUCUUAAUUUGUUACAUGGACUUUGUAUGGAGUCGUUCUCAGAGGCAGCACUUUGCUCGCCUGACGUGGUGUGUCCGUGUUUGUUCAAUUCAAUGCAUGUGUUUGAGCCACGAGCUCCUGCAUGCUUGCCAAACUGCUUUAGUGUUGUUUCUUUUGUAUUUCUAUGUGUAGUUGUGUCUCACUUACGUCCUCAUCAACUUAUCCUUGCCCUGUGUAAUGUGAACUGUGUAAGGACAAAUGACUUAUUUUGGGUGCUUUAAAAAAAAAAAAGUCUUUAUUUAUUUAAGGGUCUGAUUAUUUAUUUAAUUGGCUCAAGAGUGGUUCAGCUUGAGGCUGGUUUUCCCCCUUUGUGUGGUAAAAUAUGACAUGUUCCAAUGGUUAAAUGUCUCUGUUAGUUUGUUCUUUGCGUGAACCUCUAAAUCCUAAGUGUGGUUUGAGGAGAGAGUCACAUACCAUUGCCUUGACUUCUUGACUCUGAGAGGUCUCUAUGCUUGCUCUGUACAGGACAUGGGUCCUAUACCUGCCCCUAUACAGGGCAUUGGUCCCCAUAUUAGCCCAUAUGGGCGAUCAAAUCCAUAUUUUGGACUAUUGCAUAUUCCUGUAUAUAAACUGACGAGGUAAGGGGAUACGAGGACCCUGAAACUUUUUCAUAAGAGGACUGUAUUUAAGAUUAUAAAUUAUUUUACUCCCAUAAUGAGAACUUAAGACAGAGGCCUGGGUACACAGGAUGGCUGUAUUGCUUGUAAAUAAUGUAGAUAAUACAAACGGAGUAAUGUGCAUGAGAUUUAAGAAACAGCAAAAAGAACAUGUUAGUGGCUCUGGACUGUGAGAGGAUUUUAACUGCUUCACUUUAAGAGUAUCCAGUAUAAGUGUUACUGAAAAGAACAUUUUGUUAAAGCAUGCUACUGAAAAAUCUAAUGUUAGAAAUAUAAGUGGGAAAACAAAGUUAGCUGAAACAAUGAGAUUUCAGACAAAAACAUUUACACUUUGUGCUUUUUCUUUCUUGGCUAGCAAAAAUUAAACCCUUUUUGCCAGUAGUGCCAAUUAUUAUGAAUGCUAUUUUUGCCUAACAAUAUGUUACGUUGGGGAAACCAACACCCAAAAGAUAUCAGUAAGAUCCACAGAGGCAACACACACACAGACAAUAAACAGUAGAAGAGAUCUAGUAGUAGCUCAAGCAUAGACAAGCUCAGAGGUUUGUGUAGACGAAGAUGAUGCAAGUAUGAAAAUGUUAUUAAUGGUGAUUUUGGUCGUUUUACUAUGAAUGCAAUGAAUGGUGAAGAGGGUGCUACAUUCUUUACAAUGUGGUUGUGCUUCAGCAACAUACUAGCUUUUAUUAAGACCAUUACUCACACCUACAGCGGGUCCAGCCUGGCCUCCAGUCAAAGCUUUCCAUCUUCAAACAGAAUGUCUCUUCCCCUCCCCUUUUUUUACAUAUCAUUUGUUUAUUUUUCUGUUUUAUUCAUUGUCACUGCCAUUAUGAUACCACGUGUACUUUAGACUUCUGGAAAGCUCUGUUUAGAAAGUGCCUGCUCGAUUUAACAGAAAAGUGCAAGCUAAUAUCAGGAAAUAUCUAUUGUAUGUCCUCCAAAAGGUUGCCAGUUACCUGUUUAUUUUCCUAAACUGUGUGUUAAAAAAUGACAGUGUUAAACUUGAUCCGAGUCUAAGUUAGAAGCUCUAAUUUGUAAGUGGUAUGAAUGAACGCUCAUGGCCUGAUUGAUGCUUUGUGUUGCUUUAUGAGUCAAAUCAGUAAUUACAGUAUCACUUUAUGCCCCCACUUGUCUGUCAAUUUUGCAGUAUUAGAACAAGAAAACCAUAGAUUCAGCUUCUGUGUGUGAAAGGCACUAAGUCCAUUCAAGAUCUCUGUGUCGUUGUUGGGAGGAAGAUGUGUUUUCUUGCAGGGACUUACUUUGUCUGUCUUUCGUUAAAAAAAACUUUUCGCAGCAUUUAAACAAAAGCAUAACCCAGCAGUUCUCCAGAGGAUAGAAAUAGCUGUCACUUUCUUUCUUUGUCUUUCACUCACACAGAUAUGCACACACGUAAACACAUACAUACAGUACACAAAGGUACACAAUCCCACACAAAUAUGCCACACACUUUCUCUCUGUGCUUAUGUCUUUGGGAACAUUUAAAUCUGUCCCUUAGAUUUUACUCAGGGUUGAAGAACAGGGAGAUGGUGUGUGGAGUGUGAUGAUGGCCUGCACAGAGUUGUACCACGACUGUGUACAUUUGUCUAUGCAUAUGUAUGUGUACAUAUUUGUGUAUGUUAGGAAUACUCCAGUUGUUCAUUCUCUAAUUUAGUAUCAACAAAUGUUCAAAUUAGUCUUAUUUUGGGAAGCAGCAGAUGAUGUUUGCCUCAUCCGAGCUGUGUUUGCAUCACUUUUUUCUACAAGGAAAAAAAGAAUCUCCAAAUCCCGUAUUUUAUAGGAUUUAGUUUGAUUAUACUCUAAAAUAAAAGCAAGUGAAAAAGGGAUAUUUCUAUUUAUAUACAUGUUGUUGUCUUAAACGCACAAGAUUCUUGCUAUAGAUAAUUCUUAAAGGAAAAUAGGCCACGUAACACCUCGAUUUCUUAAUUAUAAAGAGUUUUAAGAGAUAGUAUAUUGAACAAUUUACAAUUGGGCUAUCUCUAUUAUGUGUGUUUCACAUGUUUUCUGAAUUUUCCUUAUACUGAGAGACAGCCUUGGUUAGGACGGCGCUGUCAGGAUCGUUCAUGUUACUGUAUCGCUCCUCUUAAACGUCCCCUCCUCUCACAUCAGCACAACUCAAGCCACAAAGAACACUGCUUUGGACUCCUUUAUACAUUAUAUAUAUAUAUAUAUAUAUGCACACACAGCCAAAUACACACACACACAAACACACACACACACACACCAACAUCAAAAUACUUGCGCUUUUCAACAGGCACAAAGAAAUUACACACACAUGAAACUAGACACACAGAUUGCAGCUAAUUCAUCAAUAGUGUGUUCAUGUUUUGGGAGAGGAUGGUGACUGUAAAAAUAGUAUGUAGAGUAGUAGUAAAAAAUAAAAUAAAGAAAUAUUGCCAUAAUAAACAGCUGGUAGACACGCGCAGAGACGGCGUCUGUACUCAUGACCGCCCAGAUAUGAAUGGUAUAACCUUUCAGGCCUUGUUUUGAGAGGGAGUGGCCAAACACCCCAUUGCAUGCAAGAAUGGUAGACCCUUAUUGAUAAUCUAUGGCUAGACCUCUCCUUGCCUUCCUCUUCUUCACCUCUCUAUCUCUCUCAUUUCCUACUGUAUUCCCACCUUGCCUGCUGUUGUGUUCUCCAUGCCUAUCUCAGUCCUUCAUUCCUCUUUUUUUUUCUUGUUUGUAGCCUAGUUUUUACUUUGUUUUACAAACGUGCAUGCACAAGCAUCACUAAAUUGUUGAUGUUUUUAAAAAGAAUAUUUUGUUGCUGAGGCCAUGCAAAGUGUUUUGAAUAUUGCCCUUAUAUGUGGAAAAUGUCUUCUGAAUGCUUUACAUAAUUUCUGCUGUAAAAUGAAAUCAGAAUAAAAAGAAAAAUUUGCACUUUAACUUA